GUAAUGGGCCCCAUCAUGAUCGAAGUUGUGUUUACAACCAGAGCAACAUAGUAGAUGGAGUUUACUGCCUCCCGAUAGCACACUGGAUUGAAGUCUCUGGCCAUACUGAUGAGAUGAAACAUACAACUGAUUUCUAUUUUAAUAUUGCAGGACAUCAAGCUAUCCAUUACUCCAGAAUUCUGCCAAACAUCUGGCUGGGAAGUUGCCCUCGGCAGCUGGAGCAUGUGACCGUCAAGCUGAAGCAUGAGCUGGGUGUUACGGCUGUGAUGAACUUCCAGACCGAGUGGGAUAUUGUUCAGAACUCCUGGGGCUGCAACCGCUACCCGGAACCCAUGAGCCCCGAAAUCCUCAUGAAACUGUAUAAAGAGGAAGGUCUUGCCUAUGUCUGGAUGCCAACCCCAGACAUGAGCACUGAAGGAAGAAUACAGAUGUUGCCGCAAGCUGUCUGCCUCUUGCACGGGCUACUGGAGAAUGGACACACUGUCUACGUUCAUUGCAACGCUGGCGUUGGCAGGUCUACAGCUGCUGUCAGUGGCUGGCUGAAGUAUGUGAUGGGAUGGAGCCUGCGGAAAGUGCAGUACUUUUUGGCUUCCCGGAGACCAGCUGUCUACAUAGACGAGGAAGCGCUGAAUCGUGCUGAAGAUGAUUUCUACCAGAAAUUUGGGCAUCUGCGUUCCUCAUGCAAAAUACAAGAGUAGAAAAGCAGGAGAGGAGAAGGAAGGUGAAGAGGAAUGCUUACAUUUGAACCCCAAGGACUUGAAAGUUCUGAGUCAGACGCCUGCCUCUCCUCUUCACAUUAUAAACUUGUCAUAAAAGUGAUGAGAAUUCUGUUAAAAAAGUGCCUUUGAGGGUUUUUUAUUUGCAUUCUUUAAGGUGAUAUGAUUCAUAUUUUCAAGCAUUUUGCUGCAAGUAUGAGACCUAGAAACUCUGCAAAGGGAAACUGAGGUUUUAUUUUGACUACUUGCCUACAGGAACUGAGGUUUUAGGGUAGACACUAAAUAUGACGCGAGAUGAGAUAGAGUUGGCAAUAUUUCAGUGACAAGAAAG